AUUUGAAGUUUUGCACAACUCUGGCUAACGGGACGCACUGAUCGCACAAUUGUGGAUAAACAAACUCUUAAAAAUGGAUUUUGUUAGCAUCUUUUCAACGGGUGGCAGUGUUGAGUAUGUAGUGCGAGAAUACGCCACUGCCUUUAUGGGAGCCAUAUUCGCGGAUCCCCAAAACUGGCAUGCGAAGGUGUCGCAUCAGUUUGUGGGCCAGUGCUUCCACGUGAUGGGACUGAAGUUCAACGUGAGUGUGAAGGCGUUCCGGAAAACGCAGGAUCAUCCGUAUCGUAACGACAACCCCAACUACGUGUUCGAUGCUGUGCCCCUUGUGAUGACUGCUGUGGAAUCGUUUCUGGCGCAACUGCCGACUGUUCUGGACCGCUAUGAGAAGAGUUUGGAGCCGAAUAGGAGAAGGGCGACGACAGCCGCAGCAAAGCGCUUCCACGACCUGACAAACCCAGUGUCCUGCUAUAUAAAAGUGGUGUUUACUUGGACAAAAGUGGUGCACUACAUAUGCGAUAAAAUGGAGCAGGACCCCAGCGCAGGUGAUAAGUACCUCUGCGAGCCAGUGGCGAGAAUGUCAUUCAGCAUACUCUGCGGGCUGUCCAAGCUGCUGCCCACAUACAAUAAUGCGUUCGAAGGCUUCAAGCAAAUUUGCUUUACGCUCACCAUUGACGCACGCUACGGACUGUUCUUUCAGGCGACCAUCAAUCAUGUACUAAAACCAAUGCUGGACAUGUUUCGGGAGCACUAUGAGACAUUCUGCGGUGUGGAGAACUCCGCGCUGGACUUUGUCUACUAUACCCUGGCCAUUGUGAUGGAGGACGAAAGUUGUUACAUCAUGGCGUACGAGUUCCUGGAGACUAUGAUCAAGCAGUUUGCCCAGGGCCAGCAGCGAGAUCCAAGUGGCAAUCUGUAUCUGCGUCUGUUCACCAAUGAGCUGAUCACUGAUCGAUUUCUGGCCCUACACUUUGAGGUGCUAAAGUCGAGCAAAUCCAAAUCCCUGCUUAUGGCCACGCUGUUGUACAUACAAACGCUCCAGGGACACAUUGUCAGUGCUGAGUGGUUUCCCACGCGCUUCCAUGAAAUUAUUCUGGAGCUGUUGCUUCGCCUGCCAAUAGCUUUGGCAAUGGUUUGUUCAAUGGCAGCGAAGCUCUACGUGGAAUUGGUCCAGCGCCAGUAUAGUGAGACGGAAAUAGUUAUGCACAUUUUGGAGACAUACGUCAAGAGUCAAUACAAUCCUCGUCGGAAUCCCAGCUUUGCGCAGUUCCGGUCCCAACUGACACGCUACCUAAAGACGAUCAUGCAGCAUUUUCCAGCGUUGGGGCGGUUCAAGAUGUACGCGUGUGUGUUCACAGCUCAGCAAGUGCGCAUCGAACUGAGCGUCAUUGCUGCACAGUCCGUAAGCGUGAUCUUUGACUUGUAUUUGCUUGAUUAUUCCACCUCGGAGGUAGCUCGAGAGCAAGUGCAUGAUCUUCUGCAUAUGUGGCCGUAUCUCAUCACGUCCUCAGCCAACCCGAGUAGCACCCGAGCUGUGCUCUACAGUAUCUACAGCGCCGUGAAUUUUAUGGAUGUGGCUUCGAAUAAUCUCGAGCUGCUGCUGACACUGGAGAACUUCUGCCUUGAUAAGUUUCUGCACGAUGAAACGCUAAGCGAUUCGGAGAUCAGCGGGCUGUACACAAACCUAUCACGCUCCGUGGAGGCAACUGGCAACAGACAGAUACACAUAACGGCCGCAGGAUCUGUGCAUUAUCAGCACGCUCAACUGCAGUCACAGAUGAAUGCCAAUGACCUGGACGCUUCACAGAGGGAGGAACUGCUGGAAGCCUAUGUCCAGUGUCUGCGUCGCUUGCACGCUCUGCUCAGAGCCAAUAAGCUAAGCGGGGAUCAUCUGGUUGAAAUGUUGGACAGCGUAGUGCUCAAUCUGCUGGAAAGACCACAACAAAAGGAAAACCUGAGUAUCUUUGGUUCGGAAAGCUUGGCCUUUAUGCUCAUCAGGCUGCACAAGGAGCACAAGGAUGUGAUUGGCAUAGCCCAGCAGCUAUGCGACUUUUGCGUUUAUGAACUCACCAACCCCGCAGGGGAGAGCUUUAAGCGCACCAAGUUUAUGUUCUGUUCCGUUGUCAUACUGCACAUUGGCUUGCAAAAUGACUUACCAUUGGAUGCUGCAACAUACGACGCAUUGCUCAUGAGUCUGACAGCCACUCCAUCGGGAUCGCAGCACAGUUGCAAUCAGCUUACUCAAAGCUAUAUUCAAGAGAUGCACUUGCUGUUUCGCCAAAUGCUCGCUUGCGAUCAUGUCGCAUUGCCCAACAACCGAAUUUGGCGAGCUCUGAUACAUACCACUGUACCGGGAGCUGCCUCGAAAGUCCUAAGGAAUGAGCUUGAUUUGCUAGUCGGAGUUCUGAUUGAGCAUCGCGUUCACUGCUAUGUUCAUUGUCUAUCGGUUAUACAGUUGCGCUUUGGCAGCGAAGCCAGUGCCAAUAAACGAUUGACCGCCACGCUGAAAGCUCAUCUGCAGCUUAUUGAGUGCCAUGCCACCGACGUGGACGCUUGGAUGCUGCGCUGGACUGUUUUCCAUGGCUCGCUGAAACUCUUGAUAAAGAAAAUGGGCGCUGUUAGAUUGGAGGCAAACACUGCACAAGUGAAUCGCUUGCUGCCGCUGCAGCAUCUACAACUGAUUGUGGCCAAUAUGCGGCUGAAAGAAACGCAUUUCCUUAAAAUCGCUCGUUUGAUUUGUAACCUAAAAAAAGCGGCAAUUGGAUCCAAGGAGAGAGCAGAAAUCGAUGGUUUUAUCAAUCAAAUCAGCGCAUUUAAAUAUCGCUGUGAGGAUGAGAACGCGGAGCAGUCAAUCAAUGAACAUUUUGAGGGAAAACUGCUGUCAGUAUCGCCUGGGCCGAUGACACUCUGGCAGCACAAGGCCAUGGGGGAUUUUGAUGUCUUAGAUGCUUCUGAGAAUAAUCUUCUACAAUAUGCAUAAAUGAAUAUCCAGGUAUUUAUGGAUAGCUUUUGG